GAAACGUCAUCAAAACGCGUCGAUUAUACUCGUGCGCCACAACGUCGACGGAACAGCUUCGAAUGGCCAUAUCUUACCGACGAAGGUCUUGAAAUGCCUAUGAAAGGAAGUUUCCCGAUCAGGAGGACGUUGCAGUAUCUCCAGAAAGGCGACAUCAUCUUCAAAAGCCGAGUGAAGAUCAUGACGGUCAAUUACAACACGCACGGAGAGCUCAGCGACGGAGCAAGGAAAUUUGUGUUCUUCAAUAUUCCCCAGAUUCAGUACAAAAACCCGUGGGUCCAAAUAAUGAUGUUCAAAAACAUGACCCCGUCGCCCUUCUUGAGAUUUUACCUGGAUGAUGGCGAACAGGUGCUGGUGGAUGUGGAAGGCAAGGACCACACCGACAUCGCGAAACACAUCAGGACUAUUUUGGGCAAAUCCCAGACGGUGUUGGAGGGAGAAGCGCAAGCGAAGAUGCAGGCGUCCAACCCCGCCAACUUCGGCCCAAAAAAGUACUGCCUGCGAGAGUGCAUCUGUGAGGUGGACGGUCAGUUGCCCUGUCCCGGCACCACGCCGCUGCCCAAAGAGAUGACGGGCAAGUAUCGCGCCCGAAUGAAAGCGGAACAGGAGUGAGCGGCGGACAAGAAAAGCAGACUUUUUAUUUUUUUUUUUGCCCGUCGCAAAUUCACGAGGAGCUUCGUCCGGCGACGCUUGUCGUUGGCGUUGAAGAACCUGGAAAGAUGCGAGGAUAGGCGACGCGUCUGGCCCUCUUCUUGCCGCGCCGUUGAAACCGGACUUCCAACAGAGCGUGAAUCCAAAGUGUCACCAAAGAUCUAUUUCAAACCCGGAACUUUUCCCACACGGCCCGUACAAGCGAGCGGACUCAACGUUCACCCAGCAAAAUGAAAUCAGACUUGAUAACUUGUUUACUUGUGCUCGCAUGUUAAUAAACAGUCCAAACUGUU